AUGCAAUUCUUGUCAAUCCUUCUUCUUGCCGGCUCUGCCCUCGCCGCUCCCCGGGCUGCUCAGUCGUCUCAUCACGCUCGAGGUGACAGCAUCGAUGACAUGCUUCCUCCCAUUGUGCCCAUCAACACACGAAGUGGAGACCGAGACCUCAUCUCCAAGAUCAUCACUGCCCCUACCCAAGCCGAGCGCGUCAAGCUUCUCAACCAGCCUGGCGACUUUGUCUUUGACUUCAAGGCCGCCACUGGAGCCGGAGAGGCUUCCGGCAAAGGCGGCAGGUCUGUGUCAGCUACUGCUCUGACCAUGCCCGCUCUCAUCGGCAACGGCGCCUCCAUGACAGUAGCUUUCCUUGGACCCUGCGGGAUGAACACAGCUCACGUUCACAACCGAGCAACGGAGCUUAACAUCAUCGUCAAAGGCCGUCUUGUCACAAAUUUCGUCGUUGAGAAUGGCGCCAAGCCUAUCGCCAACACGAUGGAUACCUUCCAGAUGUCCGUCUUUCCCCAGGGCGCUAUUCACCAAGAAUUCAACCCUGAUUGCGAAGAUGCUGUCUUUGUUGCUGCAUUCGACAAUGCUGAUCCUGGUGUGAACCAGAUCGCUCAGAAUUUCUUCGCUCUUAACGGUGAUGUUGUGCAAGCAACUCUGGGCGGUGUCCAGACUAUUGAUGGAAAGGAUAUUGAGUCUUUCCGCCCGCAUAUUCCCGCAAACAUUGCUCUUGGCAUUGAUGCUUGCUUGAACAAGUGCGGUAUCAAGAGGAAUGCGAAGCGAGAUCUUAGCGAGCUUCUGAAUUAG